AAAGCAUCAGUUUUCAGAGCUCAGUGUGCUGAACCAUGUCUCGGGACAGCUGAGUCCUCAACAGGACCCCAUCGUAUGGAAAGUAAAGACGUUCCACAGGAGACCAGAGGAGGAGGAGCAGCUUCAGGAGACAAAGACACACCGACAUGAGUCCUGAGACUCGACCCACAACACACAAGUGAAGGAAUCGCACAAAGGGAGCUUGGGGGGGGAAGCGCAGGACCAACAGCUCUCCAUCGAGCCCUUGCUCCACCCAACUAGCCAUGCUGGGGCAGAGAUGGAGCCUGUGCACCCUGCUGUGCCUCUCGUUGUGGGGGGUCAGCUUCUGCAGAAGCUCGAGGGAAGCCCGGGCGACCAAUGGGCCUCCUCUCAUCAGGAGUAAGAGAGCCCCCAUCGAGGUGGAUGCAAAGAAGUGCUCCUACACCUUCCUCGUCCCAGAGCACAAAAUCACAGGUCCAAUCUGUGCCAGCACCACAGGCCCAGAGCCCGACAAGGACAGAGUGACUCGCAUCGACAUUGCAGAUGUGCGGGAGGUGCUGAGCAAACAGCGGCGUGAGAUUGAGAGCCUGCAGCUGGUGGUGGACGUGGACGGGAACCUGGUGAAUGAGAUGAAGCUGCUGCGCAAAGAGAGCAGGAACAUGAACUCCAGGGUGACCCAGCUCUACAUGCAGCUGCUCCACGAGAUCAUCCGAAAGAGGGACAACUCUCUGGAGCUGGCCCAGCUGGAGAACCGCGUCCUCAACGUGACCUCCGAGAUGAUGCGACUGGCUUCCAGGUACAAGGAGCUGGAGGCCCGCUUCUCCACGAUGGCCGGAGUGGUCAACAAUCAGUCCGUCCUCAUCUCGGAGCUGGAGGAUCAGUGUCUGCGGAGAGGGGGGCACGGCGAGCUGCCGGUGGUUCCCCCGCUGGUUCAGGUGGUACCACAGAAGCUCCCAGUGAACCACCGCUUCACCAACGAGAUCCAUAACAACAACCGGGCCUUUCCCAGAGGGCCGCGCAUGGAUUCCCCCACCGCGAGCCCUUUUGGGACCAACCCUCCCCCCCCACAGGGGACACUCACCUCUGAUGGUCCCUUCAGAGACUGCUUCCAGGUGCGACAGGCCGGCCACACCACCAGCGGCAUGUACCUGCUGAGGACCACCGGCAGCGACCGCUUGAUCCAGGCCUGGUGCGAGCACGGCCUGGACAACGGGGGCUGGACUGUGCUGCAGAGGAGGAGGGACGGGUCGGUCAACUUCUUUCGGAACUGGGAGAACUACAAGAAGGGCUUCGGGAACAUUGACGGAGAACACUGGCUGGGCCUGGAGAACAUCUACAACCUGGGGGGACAGGGCGACUACAAGCUGAUGGUGGAGCUGGAGGACUGGACCGGGAAGAAGGUCUACGCCGAGUACAGCAGCUUCCACCUGGAGCCAGAGAGCGAGGGCUACCGGCUCAGGUUGGGCCGUUACCAGGGCAACGCCGGCGACUCCUUCAGCAGCCACAACGGCAAGCAGUUCACCACGCUGGACCGGGACAAGGACGCCUUCUCUGGUAACUGCGCCCACUUCCAUAAAGGGGGCUGGUGGUACAACGCCUGUGGCCAGACCAACCUGAACGGCGUGUGGUACAGCGGGGGGGUCUACCGCAGCAAGUUCCAGGACGGAAUCUUCUGGGCCGAGUACGGAGGAGGGUUCUACUCCCUGAAGACCACCCGCCUCAUGAUCCGACCCAUCGACUGAGGCCUCCGCUAUCGACCCACAACGUCUCUCACAGAGAGGAAGUGAUGUCAUCGUCCUCCUCCAGUGAGAGUGGAACCAGCUCCUAUGUCCCUCCCCCGUCCUGUUUUACUUACUCUAAUAUGUAAUAAAAAGGCAAAGGACCGUUCACACAGGAGAUUCCCUGAGAGCAGCUGACAGGGACAUCGGCCCGUAACGAAUGUUUAACCAGAGCAUGAAACGUGUGGGACAGGACUCUGCAGAGCCAGGGGGGGGGGGGGGCUGCUCCAGCAUGUCUGUAAAUAUCUUUAACUUUGUUUGUAAAAGGUCAUCUAAGAGAAUGAAUGUUCGUACGGUGUCACUCUGCCUUACUUUGUUAUUUAUCAGUGUAUUUAUAGUAAUAUAGUCAUUUUAUAUCCACUCCGGCACCAGAACCUUUCCUAAUGUGGUUAUAUGUUUGGUUUCCCCCCCAUGUAGAUACAGGAGGACACUUUAACAGAAAAACACUUUUCUAAUUAAAUUCUUCUGUAAACAUUCAA